UAGAAAGGAGAGUCAAAGUCCAAGACGAACCACUCCUGGCAAAUGUGAGAGUCCAAAGGGCGGAUUCUGACUCCUUUCCCAACUCUGCUGCAGAGAAGCAGGAUCAGCCAUGGCGGGCAAAGAGAAAAGUGACCCCAGCCAGCUCUACGAUGCCAUCGUGGUGGGAGCUGGAAUCCAGGGCUCCUUCGCCGCCUACCACCUGGCCAAGCGGCAGCGGAGGACACUUCUACUGGAGCAGUUCCCUCUGCCCCACAGCCGAGGCAGUUCCCACGGCCACAGCCGCAUCAUCCGCAGCGCCUACCCACAGGACUAUUACACGGCCAUGGUGGCAGAGGCCUACCUUCUCUGGGCAGAGCUGGAGGCGGAGUCCGAAGCCAAACUCUACAGGCCAACGCCGUUGCUGGUUCUGGCCCAGCAGGAGAACCCAGAGUUCCAAGACUUCUGGAAGUCCAUGGAGCAGAACAGAGUCCCAAGAGAAGUCUUCACCCCUGAAGAUUUGGGCCGACGAUUUCCAGGGAUCCGCCUGUGCGGCGGGGAGAUGGCGGUGUCCGACUUGACCGCAGGGGUCUUGAAUGCCGACAAGGCAUUGAAAGCCGUCCAGGACCAAUUCCAAAGCCGCGGAGGGACCAUGCGUGAUGGCGAGAAAGUCCUCCGCAUCGUUCCCGGGGCUGUGGUCACGGUGACAACCAGCCAAGGGGAGUACCGGGCUCGACACCUAGUGGUCACAGCGGGAGCCUGGGCCAGCCGUCUCCUGGCCCCUCUGGGUCUGCCACUGCCUCUCCAGCCCCUGCGGAUCAGUGUCUGCUACUGGAGGGCCAAAGACCCCGGCGACCAUGGCCGGCUGGGCCAGCUCCCUCUGUUUCUUGGCAUCAACCUCAAUGGGGAGAAGCACCACGUUUACGGGUUUCCAGCCAGCGAAUACCCUGGGCUGGUCAAGAUCUGCUAUCACUACGGCUCUCCAGUGGAUCCCGACAAGCCUGACCAGAUGGACAGGGCCUCUCCCCAGGUCCCCGACAUACAGAUCUUGCGGGAUUUUGUAAGCCAGUACCUGCCUGGGCUGCAUCCUGAGCCGGCCUUGCAGGAACGCUGCUUAUACACGAACACCCCAGACGAGGACUUUGUGUUAGACCGGCACCCGCGUUUUAGUAAUGUCAUAAUUGGAGCCGGGUUUUCGGGACACGGGUUCAAAUUUGCGCCCGUCAUUGGCAAGAUCCUUUGCGAGCUGAGCCUGGGCGAAGAGCCUGCUUACAACCUGUCACCGUUUCAGAUCAGCCGCUUCCCGGCUGUGCCGAAAGCACCCUUGUAAACGUAGGGUGACCCUAUGGAAAGGAGGACAGGGCUCCUGUAUCUUUAAGAGUUGCAUUGAAAAGGGCAUUUCAGCAGGUGUCCUUUGUAUAUAUGGGGAACCUGGUGAAAUUCCCUCUUCAUCACAGCAGUUAAAGCUGCAGGAGCUAUACUAGAGUGACCAGAUACAAAAGAGGGCAGGGCACCUACAGCUUUAACUGGUGUGACGAAGAGAGAAUUUCACCAAGUUCUCCCUAUAUACAAAGGACACCUGCUGAAAUUCCCUUUUCAAUGCAACUCUUAAAGAUACAGGAGCCCUGUCCUCCUUUCCGUUCCUAUAAAAUGACCAAUGGCCGUGGGAUGGGACUAGGACCAUGAACGAGGCAAACAUCCUUCCAUGCUCUCUCUCUCUGAACUGGCUCUACGGCUUCAGCCACCUACGACCUGCUCUUCACUCCGGCCGACUACCUUCUUUAGGGACUGAAUGGACCCCAUGGGGCUGAUGAUUGAGAGAAGAGGGUCACAAACUCAGAGAGGGAACCCAGGGGUCAUCUAGCCCAACCUAGUAUCAGACAACAAGUCCCAUCACCCUUCCUGAAACUCUGGAGGGCUUCCAGAUUUAGUUUUGAAGCACAACAGCCUUAAAGCCAUUCACAAAAUGUUAUGGGGUGGGGCAUCUUCCCUGCAACCUCAACGUCUCCGUCCCGUUACUGCUGCUCGAAGUAACACAAUAAACUCUCUCAAAGCCGUUUAACUUUGAAUUCAU